AUGGAGCAGGUGGUUGAGGGAAACUGCACCACUGUGGCACAAUUCAUCCUCCUGGGAUUUUCCGAUGUCCCUGAGUUGAGUGCUUUUCUGUCCUUGGUGUUUCUUCUCAUUUAUGGAGUCACUGUCUUAGCCAACCUAGGCAUGACUGUGCUGAUUAAGGUCAGCUCUCAACUUCACACCCCCAUGUACUUUUUCCUCAGCCACCUGUCCUUUGUGGAUUUCUGCUACUCCUCCACUAUUGUGCCUAAAAUACUGGCUAACAUCUUCAAAAAGAACAAAGCCAUAUCAUUCCUGGAAUGCAUGAUCCAAUUCUACUUGUUUUGCACAUGUGUGGUCACUGAAGUCUUCCUCCUGGCUGUGAUGGCCUAUGACCGCUUUGUAGCCAUUUGUAACCCACUACUGUAUUUGGCUAUAAUGUCUCCAGAGCUCUGUAUGUUACUGGUGUCUGGCUGCUACCUCUGUGCAUCUGUGUGCUCCCUGGUUCACUUAUGCUUAGCUCUUGAGAUACCAUCAUUUAAAUCAAAUGUGAUCAACCACUUCUUCUGUGAUCUGCCUCCUCUCCUAAGUCUUGCUUGCUCUGAUGUCACUGUUAAUAAAGUGCUGCUCUUUGUUGUAGCCACCUUUAAUGAGAGCUUUAGUAUUGUGACCAUCGUGACCUCCUACUUGUUUAUCCUUGUCACCAUCCUGAGGAUGCGCUCUGUGGAAGGGAGACGCAAAGCCUUUUCCACUUGUGCCUCUCAUCUCGCAACCAUCGUUGUGUUCCACGGAACAAUCCUUUCCAUUUAUUGCUCUUCCACUUCAGACAACAGCGGGGAGGCUGACAAAGUGGCUACAGUGUUCUACACGGUAGUUAUUCCCAUGCUGAAUCCUUUGAUCUAUAGCCUCAGAAACAAGGACGUAACAGGUGCUCUGAGGAGAGUUGUGAGCUCUAAGAUAUAUUCCCAAUGA